AUGCCCGUCGGACCUCGAGUCUCUAAGGAAGAAUUCAUGCAUGCAUUGGGUCUAAACCCACACGACCCGCAUCAUGAGCAAUACUACCGCGCUAUGCGAGUAAGUAUCAACCGGAUCUUCAACGCUUACUCUCUCCCUCUCCCUGUCUAUACUCAUAUGCACACACCCACAUCUUAUAUCCCGACAAUCCCCCUAACAAGCCGCUGCCAGGAUGAAGCAAUCAUUGUCUACAACCGCAUGAACCUAGACACCGCUAACCUCCUCGACAACGUGCGUGCCGACCCAGCAACCCGCCCCCCUUUUUUCUGGCACCACAUCCGCCCGGACUGCCAGCGCUGGGCAAUCCUCGAGAUCUGCCACAAUGCCCCGCCGCUCGUGCGCGGCCUGUUUGAGCGCGGGGCGACGAAUGGCGAGUACGGCCCGAAUUGGGUUGCUGGUUGGUUGUUGUAUAGCGUUUUCCGGUCGCGGGAUGUGAGGAACAAUCGGAACCGGAGGAAGGGGGAAGCUGGGGGUUCUGCGGGCUUGGAGUCUGAUAAACGUAUGAGACAGGACGAAACGACACAGCCGAAGAAGUACUAUGAUCCUGUGCGAAAUGGGACGCUGUGA